GGCAAUUAUAUGUUCGCUUAUAAAAGGAGCUGCUGCAGUUUUGUUUAACAUCUGUCUUUCUGCUUUUUGUAUAAACCUCUUGAGAGAAAGACAAUGUUGUCUGCCUCGGUGGUGGCCCUGAUCUGGUUGGUCUCCCUGAGGACCUUGUCCACAGCUUUGGAUCCAACCCUGGAGGGGACAUGGAGAGACUGGAAGGCCACUCAUGGUAAAGAAUACGCUCAGGAGGAGGAAGAAUCCUUCCGAAGAGCCGUGUGGGAGGAGAAUUUGCAGAUGAUCCAAGACCAUAACAAGCAGGCUGACCUGGGAAAAUACACCUACUGGCUUGGCAUGAACCACUUUGGUGAUUUGACCAAUGAAGAACUUGGCAAGAGGCUGCAUUGCCUGCUUUCUCAUAAUGUAAGUAAAGUCAAAGGGAUCCCGUUCAAAUCUUCAGAAAAUCCGGAUAUCCCUGACCACAUGGACUGGAGAAUCAAAGGUGGUGUCACCAACGUCAAGGAUCAGGGUGGAUGUGGCUCAUGCUGGUCCUUCAGUGCCACUGGUGCUCUGGAAGGCAUGCAUUUCAAGAAGACGGGGAAGCUGGUCUCACUGAGCGAACAAAAUCUUAUUGACUGUUCCGGUGAUCCAGAGUUUGAAGGGUGCCAGGGUAGUCUUAUGGAGAAUGCUUUUGAAACUGUGCGGAAGCGAGGCGGGAUCAAUUCAGAGAAAAGCUACCCUUAUGACAGAACGGAUGGUAUGUCUUGUCGCUAUAAUCCUGAGGAAUCUAUUACCAGAUGUAGCUCAUAUGGACAGAUCACAUCGGAGGAUGAAAAAGGUCUUCAGGAGGCUGUGGCCAGGAUUGGUCCAGUUUCUGUUGGAAUAGAUGCUGGGAGUAGCAAGUUCAGCUUCUAUAAGUCAGGUAUAUAUAAGGAACAACAUGGUGGAGAAAGACAGAUAAAUCAUGCAAUGCUGAUUGUGGGUUAUAACAACUCCAGUGAGGGCAAAGGAUAUUGGAUCCUAAAGAACAGCUGGUCCACUCUUUGGGGAGAGAAAGGUUACAUGCGCCUCGUCAAAGGAUCAAAUGAAUGCAAUGUCGCCGAUUAUGCCGUCUUUCCUAUCCCAGAUCCGGAGAAGGGAAUGUAAUAUCUUUUUUCAGCAUAAAGAUCUUUUGAAAUGCGGAGCUAAAGUCACCAAUGAAUAACCUGCUGCUUCUGAAGCUUCUGGGAGAAAAAAAAAGUUAAUAAAUACUUUUGGGCAAUGCUAUUCAGAACUGUCAAAGCACACUCUAUUCUAUCAUAUGCAUGUUAAUUAGAUUAUUAGAGUAACAGAGUUGGAAGGAGCCUUGGAGGUCUG